GACUGAGGAAGAUGAUGAGCCUGGUUCAGAUCUCCUCCAUUCUGCUGUGCUGCCUCUGUCUGUCUGACGGGAAGAUUUCAGAAUACCAACUGGAGUCUGAGACCCUGAGUCAGUGUGAGUCGCUACGUGGUGUUAGUUCUGCCCGGCAACAAGACCAUGUCCCACAGUGCUCAGAGGAUGGGAGAUUCAGACACGUCCAGUGCAGCGGUGCUGGUGGUGAGUGCUGGUGUGUGAACGCUGAGGGAGCUGAGAUCUCUGGAACCAGACAGAACGGAUCAGCUGUGUACUGUCUGACGUCCUGCCAGCUCCACAGACAGCAGGCCCUGCUGAGUGGCGAUGCCCCCCUGGUACCCCAGUGCCAGGCCUCUGGGGAGUACCAGGCGGUGCAGUGUGACAGCGCCCGGGGACAGUGCUGGUGUGUAGACCUGGAGGGCAUGGAGAUCUACGGGACCCGGCAGAACGGAAAGCCCUCUCAGUGCCCAGGCAGCUGUGAGGUGAGAUCGAGGCGUCUCCUCCACGGCGUCGGGGAGCUCCCCCCUCAUUGCUCGGCCGACGGCUCCUUCCUUUCCGUGCAGUGCAAGUUUGUCAACACCACUGACAGGAUGGUCUUGGAUCUGCUGCACACGUUCAACAGGUUCCCUAAAGUAUUCCAGACGUUCAGCAGCUUCAGACAGAUGUUCCCAGAGGUGUCCAGUUACUGUUUCUGUGCUGACAGCAGAGGCAGGGAGCUCCCCAGCACAGGUGUGGAGCUGCUGCUAGAUGAGGUGUAUGACACAGCCUUCUCAGGUCUGGAACCUGGCCUCUCCUUCUCCCAGACCAACAUGUACCGCAUCCUACAGAGGAGAUUCCUGGCCAUCCAGCUGGCGAUGAGUGGCAGGUUUAGAUGCCCCAGCCCUUGUGAGAGCGAGCGAUCCGCUGGUGCCCAAGCUGGCAAUGUGUUUGUGCCGUCCUGUACUUCCAACGGGGGUUACGUGCCAACCCAGUGCCAGGCGGAUGGGCAGUGCUGGUGUGUCGACCCCACAGGGAAGGAGAUCUUUGGGACACGACAACAUGGAGGAUCCCCUGACUGUGGUGCUGGAGUGAAGGACUGUACCUCUGAGCGUCGCCAGGCCCUCUCCAGGCUCCUCUCCAGCCCCUCAGGUCCGGUGCCAUCAGCCAAGGACUCACAGACACACUCAGCCCCAAGCCCCCUGUCUCCAUGCAGCCCCCAACUCCAACAGCUCCUGCUGGGGUCUCUAAUGGAGUCUCUUUCUGAGCGAUCCGAUUUAGGAGACAUCCUGGCUGAGACGAUCCAGGGGAUGUUCCCUAGCGGGGCCAUGGCCCUCAAGGCCCUAGCUCUAGCCUCCAACCCCAAGAGACUCCAGGAGAACCUGUUCGGAGGAAAGUUCUUAGGAAACGCUGGGAUGUUUAACUUCACUGGGGCCGUCGGUGUCAGCGGGACGUUGAGUUUCAGUCAAGCCAGUCUGACAAACAACCAAGAUCUAGUUAAACUCAUCAGCGCCACCCUAGAAAACGUGGACUUCCUGUCCACCCUACGCCAAACCAUCCUCUUAUCCAAAGCUGAGGACAGCACCCAGCUAGGUGAGCUGUUCAGGGUCCUGUUUGAGAGCGCCCAGUCCGGUGGUGCUGGUUGUGAGAGGGAGCCCUCUGCCCUGUACGUGCCCAGCUGUGAUGACAGCGGCCAGUAUCAGGAGAUCCAGUGCCAAGGCUCGGAGUGUUGGUGUGUUGAUCCCCAGGGUCAGGAGGUCACAGGGUCACGCUCCAAUGGUCAAAGGCCAAGGUGUCCGUCACGAUGCGAGAGGGAGCGAGCGGCUGCCCAGAAGGUGAAGUCAGGCCAGGCUGCUGGGGUAGAGGUGUUCAUGCCGAAGUGUGCGGAGGACGGGAGCUACGUGGCGUUGCAGUGUCUGGGAAAGAGUUGCUUCUGUCUGGACCUCCUGGGAGAGAGACAUGCCACUAUCCCUGUAGGACAGACUGUUCAGUGUCCUCCCCCUCUCUCUCCCCUUCCCUCCCCAGGACCAGCUCCAGGCUCCUGCUCCCUGGCGGUGGCUGAGGUGGACCAGUUCCAGGAGGAGGCUGAGCGUCUGGUCCUCCUCUCCAACAGCUCCCACGUCCCUCUGGGCUACAGCUACCUUCUAGCUGAAGGUCUCCGUCUGACCUCUGACGAGCUACUCCACGCCCUCUCCUCCUCCGACCAGACCACUCUGCUCUCUGAUAGGCUGCUGAGCCACUCCCACUCUGCUCUACGACUUGCUGCCCACUCCACCCUGCGGUUCUAUUGGCAGAGCCAGCAGGCAGCAUCUGUGGAGGAGAGACAGUCUCUACUGCUGGGCUACCAGCCCUACAGGCCCCAGUGUGAUGCCCACAGACAGUGGCUGCCCACCCAGUGCCACCCCAGCACAGGUCAGUGUUGGUGUGUGGAUGAGGAAGGAGGAUACAUCCCAGCUUCCCUGACCAGUCGCUCCCUGCAGAGACCACAGUGCCAGACCCGGUGUCAGAGAGGUUAUGCUCAGGCUCUGCUCUCUGACUGGACACAGUCCUCCUACAUCCCGACUUGUGAACUGAGUGGCCAGUUCUCUGUGCUCCAGAAGGGGUCUUCAGGUGGAGGUGGAGCCUGGUGUGUCAGUCCUGUUUCUGGGGAAACCAUCCAGCCUGCUACCCUGAGUCCCAGUGGAGACCUCACAUGUCCUAGCUGGUGCCAGUUGUUGAAAGACAGAGGUCAGUCUGUGGUGGGUUAUGAGGCGGAGUGCCAGGUGGAUGGAAGGCUGUUCUCCCCGCUGCAGUGUGACCAGACAGACUGCUGGUGUGUGUCUCAGACUGACGGACAGGAGCUGCCUGGAACCAGGACCCCACGUGGCACGGGGAAGACCCCAGCCUGUGACAGUCCCCAGUGUCCCUCUCCGUUCUCUGACACCAUCGUUACCCACGGUGACGUGGUCUGUCACUCUGACGUGAUUGGUGGCCAGCAGAACUGUGAACUCAUCUGUCACCUGGGUUACGAAAGCGCUCUUCCUGUGAACAUGCAGUUAUUGUGUGACGUGGAGACCAGAGCCUGGGUGACAGAGGCCCCACUUCCUCAGGCCUGCCAGAGGCUUUGGAGUCUAGACUUCAUGAUGUCAUGUCUCUGUGUCAUGUCUCUGUGUCAUUGUCUGUCUCUGUGUCUGUCUCUGUGUCUGUCUCUGUGUCUGUCUCUGUGUCUGUCUCUGUGUGUUCCAGGACUUCAGGUGCUGCAAACCAUCCAGACCUCUGUGGUGCUCCAGCUCGCCCUGCCUCCAGGCCAGGGACCCUGCAGCUCCACCCUCCACUCCAGCCUGCAGAUCUCUCUACUCCACGACAUGAGGGCCAAGGGUCUCUGCAGCCUGCAGCUGAUGUUCAGCUCUGUGUCAGUGUGUGAUGAGUCUGUACAGCUGAUGUUCAGCUCUGUGUCAGUGUGUGAUGAGUCGUCCGUCUCUGUAGAGUGUGUGAGUGAGGAAAGUGUCAGUGUUCAGGUCAGCUGGAGGGCUCUUCUCUCAGACCUUCCUGUCUCUGUUCUGCCAGACCUGCAUGACGUCGAUGUGGCGCUCAGUGAGGACAGGCUGUUGGAUGGGCUGCUAGGCCUGAUGGGUAGUGACCCCUACCGCUCCCUCUUGACCUCUGAACCCAGAGUCCUCUCUACCUCAGCACCUGACUUUGGCUGUUCCAAUGGCUACCAGCGUGUUGGAACAGGAUGUGUGGUGUGUCCUGCGGGUAUGUUUUCCAGUGGAGGUGUGUGUUCUCCCUGUCCUCAGGGCUCCUACCAAGACCAGGAGGGGACAGACUUCUGUACCAUGUGUCCUAAAGGCACGUCCUCUAACGGAGCUUCCACUGCCGCACACUGUUUGACAGAGUGCCAGCGCAGUGACCUGAUGUGUUCAGAGGGAGGGGACUUCCUGUUGGCCCAGCAGGACAUCCAGACCAGGAGGUGGCGCUGUGUGACGUCCAGCGGAGAGCAGCUGGAGUGGACAACCACUGGCCAGCCUCUGUCUGAGGGAGAAUGUUCAGUUCUGGAGAGGUUUGAGACAGUUCCCAGAUCAGCGUUUUCUCCAGCAGCAGAAGACUAUGUUGUCCUCAGCUCAGAGACGUCAGACACGACCAUGGAGAAACAACUCAGGACGUGUGUGUUAGCUUGUGCCCAGGUCCAGACUUGUCUUUACGUUGUCCUUUACGCAGAAGAAGGACAAAGUCACUGUGAACUCUACAGCACCGACGCUGCUAACAUCCAAUGCGAAACCUCUGAGCAAACCAAAGGGUUCCUGGGAAAUGCAGGUGCUGAUAUGUUCCAGAACCUGAGCUGUUCUCUGAAGGUGAACGGGGCUGACAGACGGAACGUCACGGUCAUCAGGAAGAAAGGUCAUGAAUUCACCAGUAAGGCCCAGAAGACCUUUGAAAGGUUGAGUUUCCGUAAGGCCAGUUCUGGUGUGUACCAUACCAUGGUGUUUGCAGCUGAAAGAACCACUCUGACCGACGUCCAUCGUUUCUGUCAGGACGAGUGUACCCGGAACACCUGCUGUGAUGGCUUCAUCCUCAACCAGAACGUUCUCAACGGAGGUACCAUUAUGUGUGGACUGCUGAGCUACCCAGACAUGUUGCUAUGCAGUGAGGCAGACUGGGAUGUGUCUGGCUUGGCCAAGGCUAACAGGAUCUGUGGGGCUGGAGUCACCUACAACAAACUGCAGAAACAGUUCAUCUUUAACUUUGGAGGACAAGACUUGACCAUCACGGAUACAGCUCUGCCAACAUCAAGCAAGAACAAAACUGACUACCAGGCCACCAUUAUUGGGUUCCAAGGCAUUUACCUCUGGAAAGAGUCUGACAUGACCACUCGUCCCAAGACCUCCCCAGCCUGUAGCAGUGUCCUCCCACAACAAGCCCCCGGAGUUGUUCUGUCGGCUGCAGUGAAGGAGACGUUUGUGGCCCUGGACAGCAGUGCUGUUGUUGUGGACACUGAACAGGACAUCCCCAGUCUGCAAUACUGGAUCUUCAAACAUCAGUUCUCUGCACAGGAGGCUCAGCUGUGGUGUCUGAAACGCUGUGAGGAGGAAGAGCUGUGCCACGUGGCUGAUGUGAGAGAUGAGAGCUCAGUGUACUUUACCUGCGCCCUGUACCCAGACACCCAGGUGUGUGGGGCCUACGACAAACCCCUGAGACAGGCCUGCAGCCCUGUGCUCCCCCAGCAACCCCACACCGCUCACACCAAGAAGGUUGAUCUGACUGGAAGUGUGGAGAGUUUUUACAGCCGUGUUCCCUUUAAGAAGAUGGUGUCUUAUUCCGUCCGUAGCCGUGUCAACCUGAGUGCCAAGCCUAUCACUGAGGGGUUCCGUGAGUGUGAACGGAGAUGUGAUGAAGAUCCAUGUUGCCGUGGAAUCGGAUACGUCAGGGACACACAGUCACCUGGAUCAGACGUUCUCUGCCUGACUCUGAACAGCUUUGGUAUCCAGACAUGUGGUGAAGGUGAGAGGACAACCUGGAGAGUCCAGGACUGCACCCCCUCCAAAGUAGAAACCGGCGUGUAUCCGCUUGGCUGGUACGAGAAACCAGUGAACCAGUGGACUAAAUCACCACGAUUGUGCCCCAGUUUCGAACUACGUGUUCCUUCAAAGAAUGUGAGUUUGAGUGAGUGGAGACUCCUGGAUGCGUCCUCUACGCUGGUGGAUCCGUCCGUCUCCACGUUUGACAUUAUUCACAUCAGUAAAGACAUCGCUGAGGACCUGGACAGGACCAGAGACUGGUGUCUGUCUGCCUGUGAGGAGGCUGACUCCUGUGCUGUGGUGUCAGUGGGGCGGACCGACUCGGCUGUCCGCUGUGUCCUCUACCCAGACACCGUGGCCUGUGGCCCCUCCACUACCACCACCACUGGAGGUCAGGACUGUCGGCUGGUCAUCAGAGAGUCAGCUCUCCAGGUCUACCUCCACAAAGAACCCAAGGUGGAGUUGACGUCAGUGUUUAUCCCGGCUCACGGAACGCUCCAGGGAGAGGCCGUAACAACGCUGCUCGGGUCAGACAGGAAGACAGUCAGACAGUUCUUGGGAGUUCCGUACGCUCGUCCUCCUAUCAGAGCCCUCCGUUUCGCCCCCCCACAGCUUGCUGAAUGGAGUGGCACAUGGAACGCCACGAUUACCAGACCCAGUUGUCUGCAGCCUGGAGCUGUAGAGUCAUCAGCCAGCAGUGAGGACUGUCUGUACCUCAACAUCUUCGUCCCCAGUGGCAUCAGAGGGAGUACAGCGGUUCUGGUGUUCUUCCAUAACCCGUCUGGAGCAGCCAGCAAUGACACACCAUCUCUACUGGACGGCUCCUACCUGGCUGCCGUCGGCAACAUCGUCGUGGUUACCGUCAACACCAGGGUUGCAGCGUUCGGAUUCCUCAGCACAGGCUCCACAGCCCUGCCAGGUAACGCCGGCUUCCAGGACCAGGUAGUUGCUCUGAAGUGGGUCCAGGAGAACAUUGAGGCGUUCGGAGGUGAGCCCAGGCUGGUGACGGUGGGGGCAGAGCGGAGCGGAGCCGACGUGGCCAGCCUACAUCUGACCUCUCCCUCCUCGCGUGGUCUCUUCAACAGGAUGCUGCUCAUGGGUGGCUCUGUGUUCUCCCCUGCCUCAGUGCUGAGUGUAUCCAAAGCCCAGGGGCAGGCUGAGGCUCUGGCCCGGGAGCUGGGCUGUCCCCCCUCCUCUGACCCAGAACAGCUGGGCUCCUGCCUGAGAGCAGCUCCAGCACAGGACCUCAACGCUGCCCAGACUAAGUUGCUGUCAGUCAGUGGGCCCCUGCAGGCUUGGGGUCCAGUGGUGGAUGGGGUCUCUGUCCAGGGGAAACCCUCCAUGGCCCUGAUGAAUGCAGGCUUCCACAGAGCUGACCUCCUGCUGGGCUCCUCCGCAGAGGAUGGACUCAUCAGCAGGGCCAAGAGGAUCAAGAACUUUGAGGAGCUCCAGGGGCGAGCUGCCAGUAAAACAGCGUUCUACGAAGCCCUGUCCAACUCUCUGGGUGGAGACGAUGCCAAUGCUUUUGUGAAGGCUGCAGCUACCUGGUUCUACUCCAUGCAGCACUCUCCCUCUCCAGCCGGCUACAAUCUCUUCUCUCAGGCUCUUAACAGUGCAACCAGAGAUCUCUUCAUUGUGUGCCCCACCAUAAAGAUGGCCAACUUCUGGGCAGCUAACACCAGAUCCAAUGUGUUCAUGUACCACCUGCCUGAGGACACCGCCCAGACCAGUGCUGACCUGUCAGUACCCCUGGAUGUCCACUAUGCUUUUGGCCUCCCUCACAGCCCCCUGACCUACGACCUGUUCACCAACACAGAGAGACGCCUCUCCCUACAGAUGAUGACCUACAUGGCCAACUUCAUCAAGUCCGGAAAUCCCAACCAGGCUCACAGUGUGUCCCGUGUGGCCUUCAGCGAGGCGGCGCUGCCCCCCUGGCAUGCCUUCCAGCCUCACCCUGAGGGGGACAGCUAUAUGGAAGUGGAGCCAGGCCUCAGCAACCACAGGGGCCUCCGCAGGGCCCAGUGCUCCUUCUGGGCCGACUAUGUCCCCGCUCUGACCGCCUCCACUGGAAAACUUUCAUCUGCUGUGUUGGAAGGGGAAUCUGCUGGUUUGGGGGCUGGAACUCCAACACCAGAAACCAAGUUAUUUGUUGAUUUCUUGACAACUGUCACCCAGAGCAAACCCAAGUCAGAGAAGGAUGCUUAUAAUUAGAAAGAACUUCCACACUACGUACUGUCUAAUCUGCAUUUAGGGUUUAUCACUCACAUAUAGUGAGAAAUGACAUGUUGUUUCAACUGCCAAAGGUGUCUGUAAAUUAAGUCGUGUCAUUUAACUGCCUGUUAGUUUCCAUACAAAUGAAAUAAAACAAUUGCAUUACAAAAUA